AUGGCGCCAAUGACCUAUGCAUCCGCAGCUAAGAAAGCUGGUAUAGAUCCAGUGGUAACAACAGGCGUUGUUGGUGGAGGUGUCUCAAAACCAAAGACUUCUCCUACCCAUUCCAACACCAAGAAGUCGUCACCAGCACCCAAGAAGCCAGUCUCGGCCCCCAAAAAACCGCCAUCAGCAUCUACGGGACUGAUAUCAGCAACUAGACACUCCUUGAGGCUCGAAGGCAAACCUCCAGAGAUCGGCCCAUCUCCUGCCAAAACCAAGUUCGAGAACGAGAACUUUGUUCUGGUGGUCGGUACCAAGGAUAAAACGCGCGAAGGUGCCCCUAUCAAGAAGCGAUUCAGAAGAGAAAAGGAAACGGGUGAUGACGAGUUGGUUGCUUACCGUGCCGAUCGAGGUCUUGAACACUUCUACCCUGGCAUGAUCAUUCGCGCAACCGCAUCCAACUAUCAAACCAGUUUCAGAGAUUCUGUUGAUGAGCUGGAUGACAUAAAACGCAAGGAUCUGGACGUCAUGGUACACAAAGACGGCCCAAUAUACGCCAAGAAACGACCUAUGGUCGUACUCUGGAAGACUCUAAUGGGGCUUGUGUGUGCACCAAUGAAUUCACUCAGCGCCGUGGGCAUGUUCGAUGAGUCAAAGAGAUGGGACGAGCUUGUGAGCGCCACAACAGUCGGUGAUGAGUCCUGGCCAGGAAAGACACCUUGGGCAGGAAAGCCACUGAUCUUCGAGGCUUACGAAAUCGAAAAGGGACAGCCACUGCACGGGAAAUGCUUCAUCAACCUUGCAACCCUAGUACAUAUCUCUUUUCAUGAGGAGUUACAUGUGAGAAUGGGUCGCUUGGCUGGUGACCAAUACUGCAGAUUGAUGAAUGCCUUCAUGUUCAGACAACACAAGUUCCUCGAAAGUGCUUUUGCUGAGUAUGGCGAAGGGAAUGGACUUGAGAAUCUUUUUGAGGCAUGGCAGUCGCAGAAGUCAGGAGACAUGCUAUGGUCAGGUGAGGCCCCGGAAGACUGGAAGCAAAUAGAAGCUCGUAUGAGUAAGAAGUUGCCAAAGAUAAUCGACAAUACUGGCAAGUAUACUUUGGUAUGA